UGAAUUACUGUAAAAGCUCAGUUCAGUAAUGUCAGCUUGGGAAAUGAAUCUGCUUUUUGUGACUGACCUUUUAUAGGUGUUUUAGUCAACCAGUUCAGAGAUGUCAUGCCACACCUUUCAAGCAGGUGGGGCUUGAACCUAGAUCAUGUAGCCCAGAGAAAGAAGAGGACGAGGUGUAGGAUCCACUGCAAGAUGUGAUGCAAGCAGCAGAGUUUUGACUGAAGAGAAAUGCAUGUGGAGUGGCAAAUGGAAAUCAAAGAAAUUCCAAACAAAAAGGACCAGAUGGGGACAAGAAUUGCCUUCCUACUUUUUACUUUCUCUGUACUUAUUCAAGAUUCUGCCUUUGUAACCGGGAAGGAAGACAUUUUAUACAUUGCCCCAACGGCUCCUGUUGUGAGUGUGGGCCAGGCGGUGGAGUUGGUCUGUGAUGCUCACUGUCCCAACAGCAAGCCCAGCUGGGAGAAAGCCAUCGACUCUAUGCCUGGGAAAAUUACCCAUUCCCCUUCGAAGACUGUUCUCCGAAUUGACAAAGUGCUAGAAUCGUAUGAGAAUAACUACAGAUGUACCACAAUGUGCAGGGGAAAGUUCUAUUCCAAGGAUGUUUAUCUAGCAGUUUAUUCAUUCCCACACCAUCCCAAAGUGGAACUGCAAUCACUUAAUCCAAUGGAUGGACAAACAGUGACCCUUAGGUGUUCCGCGCAAAAUCUUUACCCCUGCCACACGGUCGAAGUUUUUUGGUAUCGCAACCGAGAGUUCUUCUCUGCUGAGAAGCCAGCAGUAAUGAGGUAUGACCACCUGUGUCACACAGUUUCUCAUCAAAACUACACAACAGCUAGCGCGGACAGAAACAUCACCUUCACCUGUGAGAUUCGCCUGGGUCUAUCUGCAGCACGAUUCCGAAGCAAGAACAGCACACUGGAGGUCCACCUGAACUCUGGACUUUACAAUGUCUGGAUUGAACCAGCUCACACGGUGGGGCGUGCUGGGAGGCCUCUGUCCCUGUCAUGUGGCGCAGACAGUAGCAAUGUCCCUACAAUCACCUGGAGGAAAGCCAGCACAGACAGCACGGCUCCUUCCCAUUGGAACAUCAGCCAGAAAACCAGAUAUUCAACACUCCACAUAGAAAAGCUGGAACCUGAAGACAGGGGAGCUUACAUCUGUGAGAUCAGCGAUGGAGAAAGCCACACGCAACGUCUGAGCUCAGUAGAAGUUUGGUAUGGCCCUCGGAACGUCUCCAUCGAGGGAGGGGGCAGUGCCAGGGAGAGGGAGACACUGGCACUAACCUGCCAGGGAGAUGCUAACCCCGAAGCCAACAUCACGUGGAGGAGAGAGACCGGGAGCGAGCAGCCGAGGUGGAAUAUUUCCACCUCCCGGGGAAAGUCGGAGCUGAGAAUCGAUUCCCUGAGCCCUGACGAUCACGGGCUUUAUGAGUGCGUCGUGGAGAAUCCACUGGGAGCAGUGAGGCUGGAGGCUCAGCUCAAUGUCCAAUAUGGUCCUCGGAACGUCUCCAUCGAGGGAGGGGGCAGUGCCAGGGAGAGGGAGACACUGGCACUAACCUGCCAGGGAGAUGCUAACCCCGAAGCCAACAUCACGUGGAGGAGAAAGACCGGGAGCGAGCAGCCGAGGUGGAAUAUUUCCACCUCCCGGGGAAAGUCGGAGCUGAGAAUCAAUUCCCUGAGCCCUGACGAUCACGGGCUUUAUGAGUGCGUCGUGGAGAAUCCACUGGGAGCAGUGAGGUUGGAGGCUCAACUCAAUGUCCAAUAUGGUCCUCGGAAUGUCUCCAUCGAGGGAGGGGGCAGUGCCAGGGAGAGGGAGACACUGGUACUAACCUGCCAGGGAGAUGCUAACCCCGAAGCCAACAUCACGUGGAGGAGAGAGACCGGGAGCGAGCAGCCGAGGUGGAAUAUUUCCACCUCCCGGGGAAAGUCGGAGCUGAGAAUCGAUUCCCUGAGCCCUGACGAUCACGGGCUUUAUGAGUGUGUCGUGGAGAAUCCACUGGGAGCAGUGAGGCUGGAGGCUCAGCUCAAUGUCCAAUUGAAGCCGGACCAGAGAGGUGUCAUUCUCGGUCUCUCUGUCCCUCUAGCAAGCUUUCUGGGGAUUGGAGUUUUACUUUAUUUAACUCGUAAACGGCUCUUCAAGGAUCUGAUACAAGGGAAACCUUUGACAUCCAAGAACAGAUCUUCAAAAAACCCACCGAAUGACUCCCCACAGUCGAGUCCUUGCUGAAGCUUUUGCACUGUGGCCCUCGGGAGUUCAGGGUGGUGGCCAUGGGUCAGGUGGCUACGGUGCAGAUUAUCCACUUCAGUCCCAAAAUGCUGAAAAAUAACCAGUUGAGCUGUUGAAAUACCACACUGAAACUUUCAAAAGGACCAAUAUACUGUACAAAUUCAAAUUUCUGCUUCAGUGAUGUAUCCUGGUUCCCAGUUCAUGGUGUCAAUGUGAAAAGUUUGCAUCGUUGUUUUUCCAUUAUUACAUGGCCUAUCCCUUUUCUGUUUUAUUACCCUCUGAACUGUCUCACCCUCAAACCCAUUUCCCAAUCCUGUGCUCUUGCAUAUUCCUGGUUUUAGUCCCUGCAUUCUUGGUGCUAUGCAUUCAGCUGCUGAGUUGUUAGCCUUUGGAGUUCCAUUCCUAAACCUUUCACCCCUCUGUCUCCAACCCCCCCCCCCACCUUUAAGAUGCUCCUGAAUACCUUGGCCAUUGACUGAGCUCCUGGUCACCUGACAUGGCUCAUGUGUUCUGUAAUGCUUCCUGUGAAACACCUUAGGUUGGUUGCUGCAUUAAAGGCACUAUAUAAGUGCAAACUAUGGUUGUUGAAAUAA